AUGGCAAAAUCGUGUACACUCUGUUCUACACCGCGCCCGGUGCUAGUCCGGUGCCAAAUCGACUCGACAGAGAAAUGGCAUUUUGUAUGUCCUGGAGCAUGCUGGAAGGCGGUCUCUGGGGGUAUGGAAGACGCAAAAGGUCUCAAGGAAGAGUUUCCGUAUUACCGCUAUGGUGGUAUGUGGAAGGACAGGAGUGCAGAUGGGCCGGUAAGCGCGAAGAAGCCGAAAAAAGUCAAGGAAAGACAGAGGGAGGAGAUGAAAGCUAGA